AUGUAUUUAUUUUUGUAUGAUGACGUGUCCAUUUCAGUAUACAGAUUUUUAAGGAAUUGUUGUGAAUGCCUGUUUCAGAUUGUGUGGUGUUUAUUUUUUUUCCUCCAUUUCAGAAGACUUAAGUUGAUUUCAUGGUCAUCUAAUAAUACAAUUGAAACUAAUUUAAAAUGCAUUUUGUUCCAGGUCAUAAUGGCCAUCAGUUGUCUGAGAAAUCAAGAAAAAACUUCUAAAUGCAAGGUAGAAAAAUGUGAGCAUGGCCAGAUUAAUGUUUCAAGGGCUGAAUGA